AUGACGGUAAAUCAAUAUUGUAAUUCUGGUGACCUUCGUUCUUUUUUGAAAUCUAAUUUUGAACAUUUGAAAUGGGAAAGUAAAAUUAGAAUUUUAUAUCAAAUUUCAAGCGGGUUACAUUUCAUACAUGAUUGGGCAAAGUUGACACAUAGAGAUUUUCAUCCUGGAAACAUUUUGGUAGAAA